AUGAUACGAGCACCACCGACAAUCUCGUCAGCAGAAGGCGGGGGCCGGGGCGGUGCUGCGGACAGGCGUAGUUCGUCAGCGCAUCGAAGACGUCGUCCGCGGUCUGCGCAUUAUGAUCCGAAUGCGGUGAACCUAGCUCCAGAACGAGUUAGUAUUUUUACAGUUUAA